UUAACAUUGCCUACUCGUCCCAAACCAAAAAAACUUACGCAGAUGCGCGACGAGAUGCGCCUUUCAUACAUUCCGGCCAUGCUGAUGGCCACCAGCUUGCUACUCAUGGCUGCUUCAUCUCCUGCUCCGAGCAACAGCACCGACCUUGCGCCGCUGCUGGCUUUCAAAUCCCAGCUCUCCGACCCUUCGGCUACCAUUGCCAAUAACUGGACAACUUAUGCGUCCUUCUGCAGCUGGACCGGUGUGUCGUGCAGCCGCCGUCACCACCAGCGUGUCACUGCUUUGGAGCUGCCGGACAUUCCGCUUCAUGGAGAGCUCAGCCCUCACCUCGGUUUGCUGAAGGAAGAGGACAGGGUGAAGCUCCAGGCAGGUGUGAAGAGAUUGGCACAUGCUGCUGCGGCGCUGACGGACAGAUCCUUCCCUCGAGACAGGCUGCUCUUGAGAGACAGAGAUGGUUUGCAGAUUGGCUAGAUGCGAUCAGCGUCUGGCGGCUUCUACUCUCGCUUCCCACUGGGGUCUGAUGCCCGCUGGUGAUCUGUAUUGCGACUGUUUCGCCUAGUCAUCGGAGUCUGAUGGUUGUUUUGGUACUUUGUAUUUCUGAGCAGAUGGCUGGUAAGUGUCAUCAGGUUUUCGUCCCAUGGCUGGUGGUCCGUUCCAGGAUCAUCACGCGGUGGGUUUCCUGGUGAUGCGCCAACUCGCUCCCCCCUUUUCAGUCUCAUUUCACACAAAAGUAGGUUUAUAUCUGUUUUGAGUUCGGCGAUGAACUUGGAUAAAGACUGAUGUAUUUCCGUUGAUUGCAAAAUUAAUGGAAAGGGGUUGUGAGUCCGGUU